CCCAUAGGCUAUAUCGGCGAGUUUGAGAUCGUGGACGACCACAGAGGCGGCAAAAUUGUGGUCAAUCUGACGGGACGUCUCAACAAGUGUGGAGUCAUUAGCCCUCGAUUUGAUGUCAAACUGCGAGACAUGGAGUCCUAUUUGGCUAAUCUGUUGCCCUCCCGACAGUUCGGGUUCCUCGUACUGACCACUUCCGGAGGAAUUAUGGACCACGAAGAGGCACGAAGAAAGCAUUUGGGCGGCAAAAUACUCGGCUUCUUCUUCUGA